AAGUCUCUCGUCCCCUCCUUUAUCUGCCGCCACUAUAUCGCUUUUACCAUACAAAAUUCAAUCUAAUCAUCCACGCCUUCCACCCACUCUCUCUUUCGCUACAAUGGCCGAAACGGCAAUUCGUUUUGGGAUAAUCGGCUGCGCGGAGAUAGCCAGAAAGCUCUCACGCGCAAUAACACUCGCACCUAACGCGCAACUCUCGGCCAUUGCCAGCCGUACGGUGGAAAAAGCGGUGGCGUUUGCAAAAGCCAAUAACUUUCCUUCCGACGCGAAGAUAUACGGCUCCUAUGAGUCCUUACUUGACGACCCGAACAUCGACGCCGUAUAUAUCCCUUUGCCUACCAGUCUUCACGUGAAAUGGGCUUGUUUGGCUGCUGAGAAAAAGAAGCAUGUCUUGUUAGAGAAGCCAGUAGGGCUUAAUGUUGGCGAGUUUGAUAAAAUUUUGGAGGCUUGUGAGGCUAAUGAAGUGCAAAUUAUGGAUGGCACAAUGUGGAUGCAUAAUCCAAGAACUGAAAAGAUGAGACAGUUCUUGAGCGAUAAGGAGCGUUUUGGAGGGCUCAAAACAAUACACAGCUGCUUUACAUUUGCUGCUGACGAGGACUUUCUCAAGAAUGACAUUCGUGUCAAGCCAGAUCUUGAUGGUCUUGGUGCUCUUGGUGACGCUGGGUGGUAUGGUCUUCGUGCAAUUCUCUGGGCUGCUGACUACGAACUGCCAAAGACUGUUGUAGCAUUGCGUGGGCCUAUUUUAAAUGAUGCAGGGGUUAUUUUAGCCUGUGGGGCUUCUUUUCAUUGGGAAGAUGGCAAAGUAGCAACCUUCCAUUGCUCUUUCUUAACACAUUUGACGAUGUACAUAACUGCAAUUGGAACAAAGGGAACUUUGCAUCUCGAUGAUUUCAUCAUUCCUUUUAAUGAGAAGGAAUUUUCUUACACAGCAUCUUCAAAAUGUUGGUUCAAUGAACCUGUCACCGGGUGGGAUCCAUUGCCAAGUCAGCACACUGUUUUCACUGAUCUCCCUCAGGAAGCUUGCAUGGUGCGAGAAUUUGCUCGGUUGGUUGCAAAUGUUAAGGCAAAUGGAGCAAAACCAGAUCAAAGUUGGCCGAGUCGCAGUAGAAAAACACAACUGUUACUGGAUGCAGUAAAGACAUCCAUCGAGAAAGGUUUUGAACCAGUUGAGGUUACAAAUUGAUGGGGACUUUGCUUAUGUUCAUUGUUUGUCUCUUUGAUGUGAGAAGUAAGAUUUCUGCGAUCGUGUUCAGUUAAACGCCUAAUAUAACGUUUAUUAUGUGUACUGCCUUAGAAAAUAUGCCAUGAAUUUCAAUCUGGGAUUGUUGCUGUAAUAAAAUCGACGCCCUUAGUUGCUACUUGGAUUUAUCUGUGUACUUCAUCU